ACAAAAAUAGAAACCUCGUGAACUUCGUAAAAACACUUAACGGCGUUUAACCGAACUCAACGUGACUCCGUUAAUGGUUUCAUUAUCGGUGGUGAAGUGAGACACCUCCUCCUUCUCAACUUAACUCUAUGUGACUUCUCUCUCUCUCACUCUCUCACCUCUUAAUCUUUCUCAUUCUCACUCUCUCACACUGUCCCUCUCUCUCUAAACUUAAAAAAUCGCUUGAAUGACUUGAUCACACUGCACAAACAUUAUUGAUAGAGCUUAUGAUCAAAGAGUUUUGCCGGAAAUGGGGAAGAAAGGGAAUGGUGGAUGGUUCUCAACGGUGAAGAAGAAGGUCUUUAAGUCCUCUCCUAAAGACUCGAAGAGAGAGAACAACAUUAGCAACAGCGACGCCAACAGGUGGCAGCAGCAAAACGACACGCAAGAAGUCGUGUCUUUUGAAAAGUUUCCGGAGGAAAGUUCGCCGGAGAUCUCCCAUGACGUCGAGAGCAUAGCUUCUACUCCGGCACCGGCUGUUGGAGAGAGAAAACAUGCCAUGGCUAUGGCCACGGAAGAUGCUGCUAAAGCUGCGGUUGCGGCCGCAGAAGCCGCGGCUAAAGUCGUUCGUCUUGCCGGCUAUAACCGCCUAACAGAGGAAGAUACCGCCGCAGUGCUCAUCCAAUCGCACUACAGGGGUUAUUUGGCGAGACGAGCACUUCGUGCCUUAAAAGGACUAGUUAGGCUACAAGCAUUGGUACGUGGUAACCACGUACGUAAACAGGCACAAAUGACCAUGAAAUGUAUGCAAGCUCUAGUUCGUGUCCAAGGCCGAGUGAGAGCCAGAAGGCUCCGAGUGGCUCAUGACCGGUUUAAGAAACAGUUUGAAGAAGAAGAGAGUCGAUUUAUGAAGGAAAAAUCGAACAAAGGAUCUGCGAAUGUCCAAACCGAACGAGAAAAAAAGAAGAAAUUACACGAAGUGAACGAAACCAGCCUGUACCAAACUCCAGGAAAGGGAAAAGAGAAGACUCAAGAAAUGAUGGAAAGAGAGAGGGCCCUUGCUUAUGCAUACACCUACCAGCGGCAAAUGCAACACACAAAUGAUGGCGAUGCAAUUAGAUUUUCUGUCAAUGGGCCUGAUAGAAGUCAAUUAGAUUGGAACUGGCUUGACCAUUGGAUGUCUUCCCGACCAUACACAGGCCGUCAAACCGUACCUGGUUCCAGUCCCGGUCCUGGUCAGUACAAUCCUCCUCCAUAUCCACCUUUCCCCACAGCUGCAGCAACCACGGCUGGUAACACCACACCGGAUGAUGUAUCGGAGAAAACGGUGGAAAUGGACGCGACCACUCCUACUAGCCUCAAGGACAGGAUAAUCGGUCUAAUUGACCGAGAGUAUAUAGAGUUAGGAACAUACAGACAAGCCCAUAAGCAACGUAAAAGCCCAACCCGUAUACCAAGCUAUAUGGCUCCAACUGCAUCUGCAAAGGCUAAAGUUCGUGACCAAGGCACUACCGUCAAGCUUCAAGGUACUUCUUUUAUUCCAAAUUGGAACUCGUCGACCAAACAAGGUUCGAUUAAUGGGUCGGGUUGUGGUUCGUCAAGUUCUUGUGGAGAAGUAAUAACCGGUUAUCCCGGUCUCAGGAGUCCUAACCCCAAAACGGACAUCCGACGUAAACCCGUUAGUCCUAGUCAAAGUCCUACCGGAUACGGGAAGAGAGGCUGGAGGCAUGAUCAUUAGAAGAAGUAUCUGAAUCUUUUUUUGGUUUCUUGGAAUAAAAACUUAACGUAUGUGUGGUUGGUUAUCUGAAUAUAUAACUUAUUUGAUAAAAUUGUAUAUGACAUGAAUAAACGAACAUAUUUUCUCUAGUUGGUCAGAGCAAUAUGUUAUGAAUGAAAUACUCUCUCUUUAAAAUA